UGGUGUGCUAGGUCUGGUAUGCUUGCCUGUUGACUACAAUGGGGUUCAACUACGUGGGAGUUAGUGUGGUGCUGCUAGUUGCAGUUGGAUUAUCAACAGCACAAGUGCUGACACUGGGGCAUUUUCAAGUUCCUGGAGGAUUUCAACCUAAUGCACCAGGGCAGGCUUCACCUCAAGUGAGUGUUGGUUUACCUUCUCAAUUAAUGCAGAGUGUUUCCCAAAUUGGAAGCCCUGUAGGAGCCCCACUUGGACUGCAGCUUCAAACUCCUCUGGGCUCUCAACAACAGCAAGUCUUGCAGCAUAUAGUGAAGAACCUGACUUGGCGUUAUCCAACACCCCCAAAGAUCCCCACUCCACCAACCUAUGUGAACCCUCCAGGACAGGGCGAUUCUAUUCCUACCCAGGGUGUAACGGCAAGAUGCAAUGAGACUGCAGUGCAUGUAGAAGUAAGCACAAGUGUGUUUGGAAGCAGUACAACCCUCAAUGUUGCUGCGCUCACACUGGGAGGCUGUGCUGCCACAGGGAUGGAUGCUUCUUCUCGGUUCCUUAUCUAUGAAGCACCGUUGUAUGGCUGCAACAGUGCUUUGACUGUAAGCCUCCCACUGCCGCAUACCUUUAUUUUUCCUUUUAAGCUUGUUAGACACUUGGAUUUAACUUGUAUUUUUCCCUUUCAGGUGACUGCAGAUGAGCUGGUCUAUAUCUUCACUCUUGGUGUUGCUUCAGCCCCAAUAAGUGGUACUCCCAUUCUGAGGAAUGCUGGAAUUGGUGUCUUCAUUGAGUGUCACUAUCCAAGAUUCCACAAUGUGAGUAGCAAUGCUCUCCUGCCUGCUUGGAUCCCAUUUGCUUCUGCCCAAGCUGCUGAGGAGCUUCUUGUUUUCUCCUUGAGGCUCAUGAUGGAUGACUGGAUCACUGAAAGGACAUCCAACCAGUACUACCUGGGUCAGCUUAUAAACAUUAAGGCAUCAGUUAUGCAGUUCAACCACGUGCCCCUGCGUGUCCUUAUAGAUGGCUGCGUGGCAACUGCAGUCCCUGACCUCAGUGCAGUCCCCCGAUAUUCCUUCAUUGAAAACCAUGGGUGCCUGAUUGAUACGAAGAUUACACACUCUGGUUCCCGGUUCAUGCCUCAAACUCAAGCAAAUGAGCUAGGGUUUCAGCUGGAAGCCUUCACAUUUCAACAAUCGAACAGUAGCUUGGUCUACAUUGCAUGUGUCUUGAGGGCAACAGCUGCAUCUGCCCCUGCUGAUGCUGAGCACAAGGCUUGUUCUUUCUUUAACAAUGGAUGGACUGCUGCAUAUGGUCCUAACCAGGUAUGCAGUUGUUGUGACAGCAGCUGUGGCAUGAGAAAGGGACGUGACCUGUCCUCAGAGCAAGGCCUCCAGGUGGAGAAGGAAGUUCACCUUGGUCCAGUUAUGAUUCUGAAGUAAUUGUUAGUCUAAUGACUUGUUUGCUUAAAUAAAAUUUUAGAACUC